AUGGUUGGCUUUCUGGGCGCAGGAAGUAGGAAUUCCCCAGCAACUGAUAUCAGCCAUCCUGAUACUACUCUGAACCCGCCGCCCCAUGCUAAUGGAAGUGCUGCUCGCGUCUUCGACAAGUCUGCACCCAAUCAAUCAGCCGGCCACCAAUCUCAGAGUACUAGUGACAACAGUCAUGGUCCCUUUCGUUUCUUUUCGCUUCCUCACUGGACACGAAAGGUACUACCUACCACCGUAUCUGCUCGCCGGAGUCUAGCUGGUAUGCCCUCUGAUGAACUCGGCGUCAUUGGGAGAAACUCCUUAAAGCUUAUGCUGGAUAAGGAGCUCCCGCCCACGCCUCCGAUUCAAAGAGUAGCGGGCAAUCCCGACUCCGUAGAAACGUCCUUGGACGCAUUCUCCCCCAUAUCCACAAACAGAUCCGCCCCCUCACCUACCUUACCAACAGCAAACACAUCUCCAACUUCCGCUGAACCCAGACCUACACAGCCAAUGCUAUAUUUCGAUGUACAUCAUAAUGAUGUUUCCCGCGGAGUGAAUACAGUGUCUUUUGUCACUAAUUCACCUAUGGGCAUCGACCAGCGCAACUCGACCCCCCCGCUACGACACACCAGAAGUACUCAAUCAUUCCUUUCACAUAAACAGACAGACCGGUCAACACAGCCUCUCGACGAUGCAGAUAGAGUUCGCGGUUUUUCUUUCGGCCAGAGGUUAUCUAGUUCCAGACGAAAAGAUACGGAACCACCACCGACUGGUGAAAACGACAAAGCAUCAUCUGUUCGUCGGGUAUCGACCAAAUCUUCGCAGCAGCUGCUUUCAGUUCCGUUUGAUCCUCUCUCCCUACCAGCAUUGCAGACAUCACCAUUCCACAUAGACUUCCAUUCGGACACUCCUGCAUCUUCUCGGCAGCCACCGAAACGAUCCGCUUCAAGAUUAACACGAAGUCACUCAGAGAAGUUCUCCAGACGUUCGUCCCCCUCCAACUCCGAAGCACCUGCAUUACCCAGUAUUCUAUCAGCAUUUGAUUUGUCCCAGCAUCAUUCAACGACUGCCGAUCCAGCAAUUCCUUCGCAUCAACCACCCUGUCCCAAGCUGCGCCGCCCCUUGACUGCCGAUUCCGUUCGUUCACGCACUCGUUCAUUUUUUACUCUAUCUCCACAGACAACAUCCGGUCCUUCCACACAUACCCCACACUUUCGAAACGCACACGCAAAUCUCACCUCGUCUACCUCCGCCAAUGAUGUAAAUAAUCGACCACGUUCUGCUACGAAUCCACCUCUCCUGCACAGGCUUUCGAUCAAUUUUUUUGCAGCAUCCACUGCAUCAACAAAAUCCGGGACAGUUUCCGGCAGUACCAUAAUUGCUUCGCCAGUUUCUCGAUCCCGUCCCCAACUGCUCUCAUCGGUACCAUCCGAGGAGCUGAGACCUCAGCAGGACGAGUUACCCGAGGCUUUCCUGCAGAGACUUUCCUCUCUUGUUGGUAAAGCUGAUAUUGCGGGGUUGUUGGGAUCAAGUGCGGAAGCCAAGUAUGUAACUGCCCUCAAACUUUACAUCGGGAAGUUCUCUUUUACUGGAGAUCCUCUGGAUGUUGCUCUGCGUCGGCUUUUGAUGCACAUUGGUCUUCCCCGGGAAACACAGCAAAUCGAUAGGGUGAUUGAAGCUUUUGCAAAGCGUGCUUCUAUGAUAAUAUUGUUUUCGCUCCUUUCAUAUAUCGAGGACCCUAUGGAUCCCCCUCGGCUAUCAAUUGAUGGCAGUCUUUCGCGACCUCCUACUUCCGCUGGAGUUCCAAUGACACCAAUAGGAGGUACUCUGCUGAGCAGACCAAAAAUUGAUCCAUAUUAUCUCAUCACCAAUCACUUACUCGAUUCGCUCCGCGUGAAUGUUGAACAGCACAUACCCUUAGACAACCCAUACUGUUGGAAGGGAACAAAGGGCUCCUGGAAUAAUGACGAACUUUGGUCUGCCUUUGACCAAGGAGAUGCGAUAGAGAUCACUUGCUUUGAACAGAAUCGCUUGCCUUCUGGGUUGUUCGGCCUCGGCGUCUCUAGUCCAUCACUUAUGGGAACAAACGCACUUCCUGGUUUCUUACCACCCCAGAAAGAAACUUGGCGGCUCAAGCUGUCGAAAGUUUCUGUUUUGAACCGCAAAGACGAGAUCUUGGAAGGUGGUAAAAAACCCUCGAACCGCAAGUGGAAGUCGUUUGGUGUUGCUUUGACGACUUCGCAAGUUCUUAUUUUUCGCGAUCCAUCAUGGGCUGCCACUUUUCUGUCAUCCUCAGAUUGUUCCAGAAGUUCAACCAUGCAUUGCAAACCCGAUGAAGUUUUGUCAGUGAAGGACGCACUCGCUGUAUUCGAUCGGUCAUAUCAAAAGCAUUCAAACACUUUUCGCCUGGCCCUCGCUGAUGGACGCCAGAUCUUGUUUCAGGCUUCAAGUGAAGUGGAGGUCAAUCAAUGGGUUUCGCGUAUCAACUAUGCUAGUGCUUUCAAGUCUGCUGGUAUACGAAUGCGUCCCCCUGGCAUGACAGGCAGGGAGGUGACGCUAACUGGGGUGGCUGCUGCACAAUCAUAUCUCCAAGACUUACGGGUAGUGCGGCAAUCCCAGCCCAAAAUUCGAUCAUGGGGCUCUCGAAGCUCACUCAUCCGUGACACCAAGUCGGCCGGAGAAAGUACAGAAGAUAUUGGCGAGCGAUUAAACCCAGAGGGACUUGAAGCUCGGCAUGAUAUCACCCAUGAGCCUCCUGCCGUGCGUGAGAUAGAGGGAGCAUCCCAAUUCAAAGCUACUUUCGACAAAGUGAAAGCGCAAUUGGCUGCUGCCCGGCUCAGUCUGGGUGAUCAGUCAUUGUCCUCGAAUGACGUCCUUGAUGUUGCUGUUCCUUGCCCUGCGCAUCGCCCUUCCCUGACAUCCGACGGCAAUCCCUUUCCACAAAGCAAUCGCACUAUCCUCCUCCAAUCCACUAUCGGCGAUCUCGAAGAUCGGAUUUGUAUAGCACAGCCACUUCUCGAAACGAAGAUGCACUUCGCUCGCAACAUAGCAAUUUUGACACCCUUCCAACGGUCAACGCGAGAUCGGCUUCAAGAUGCAGUACAAAAUGUAGCAAAGCAAGUCUGCCAGUUGCGUCUGGAGAUUGCUAGGCUCAUUUGUCACCGCAAUGUCCUGCUAAAUGAUGUUGCAGCAGAAGAGCGAGGGUUCACGCAGGCUGCUACAGUUGCUUUGAACGCAGCCAUGGAUACUUUGCAGAGUCGAGGACAAUGCAUCCCUGGGCCGGUACCCCAUGAUGGACCGCUGGACGUGUCGUUGCCGCAAUCAUCUUCCAAGGCCAUACCUAAUUCUUUGGAGCCCUCCAUCGACGAGUCCUUCCGGUCUGCUCUAGACUUUGGUCCAGACUGGCCGACCAACUACACAUUUUCUGUGUCAAACGUCUUAGAGACACCGAAGAUCACGGAUUCCCCUCUCACUGAAGGGGAAGGCUCAGGAUACCCGUUCCUAGAGGCUGACACCAGUUUCUCGGAGUCUCGGAAGGCUCAUUCUAUUCGGAGCUCUCUAGAGUUAUCCGUGCAAGACAGCAGCACUCCCCAUUCUAUCUACGAGAAGUUUUACACAGCGCAAGAGUCGCCUGAAGAACAAGCUGAGGAAUGGAACAAGACUCGAGCAGCGAAACGUGUUUCGCUGGUAAAAUUACCCCCAGACAUUCGACUGUCGGCGAUGUUUGGCAAGACUCAACGGAAUGGUUGUAAUGAUCUGAUGAUAUCCACGGUGACCCGGGAGGAUUCUUCUUUUGGAUAG